AUGGAUCCUUUGCCUUCUUUUGAUUUUAUUGUAUUUGAUAAAAUAUCAAAACGAAAGAUCUCUAGUUAUCUGUUAGACUAUGUAACAAACGAGUUUGAAGCAAUCAUAUCCUGCCCUUCUUCCUCUAGAAAUGAUACAAUUACUCCACCUUCUUCGUCUAUAUCUUCUGUUAGAGGUGGCAAUCAUUCCAAUGCGAACAAUAGCCCCCAUUAUCCGGAUAAAACUGGUUCUACAUUUGAUCACUCUGGGUUACCAUCGCCUCCUUUAUCUACGUCUCCCCAACGAAGAAACUCGGUUCAUUCAAAUGUCCACAUGACACCUUUUUCUUCCUGUACUAAUUCGACUACACCCAUGCCACUUCGUUCAUUUAUUGAGAUUGUAAUGAAGAAAUCUUGUUUGGACACUGGAACAUUAUUGACAUCACUUUGUUAUGCUCGUCGUUUAAAGUUGAAGUUAUUCAAGACUUCCAAAGGCAUGGAAUGCACUCAUCAUCGCAUUUUCUUGGCAACAUUAAUAAUAGCAACAAAAUAUAUCCACGAUUCAGCCAUUAAAAACAAGUACUGGAUCGAUUAUUCCCUUAAGCUCUUUUCCGGCAAUGAAAUCAACCUGAUGGAGAAGCAACUGCUGCAAUUAUUAGACUACAAAUUGGAGAUUCCCUCGCAUGACUUCGAGCUCUUGGUAAACGAUAUUGUGCAGUUGCACUUCCAGCAUAAGCUUCAGCAAUAUGAAUGCCCUACCAGUCCUAAUGCUGAGCCAUUUCAAUGGUAUCCCGACAGGCAACAUUAUGGUGAUAGUGCCUAUCAAUCUGGUCUUCCCUCUCAAAAUAACUUUUAUUUGGCUACUACUCCUGUCAGCACAUUGCAUGCACUCAACCCUUUCAAACCCUCUCCUCCGACGCUGCAUUAUUAG